AUUCAUUCUAUCGGUCAUCUUAUACUAACUAUUUGAAGAAUAUAAAAAGAAGACAAAGUUAAUCAUGCUGAGGUUACUGAUACCAUGCCUGUUAUGGCUGGCGAGCGUUCGUUCGCACAGCGUUCAUAUGGACAUGAUGGAUUCCGGUACAAUGGAUUCUUCAUUGUCCAAAUUGAAAAGGGGCUACGUUCAAGACCCUUGUCCACCGCAGUACCACCUUCCCGCAUAUCAUCAACCAGCUGUUCUCGUAAAAGCCUAUGAACAGCCUAGUUAUCCGAAAAAGGAAGUGACAGUUCAUCAAGCACCGCCUCAUAUACAGUAUAUCGCAAGUCAUCAACCGAGUUACACAAUUAUUCCGAAACAAUCGGUUACUUACGUGAAGCCGCAGGUAGUAAAUUAUCAACCCGUUCAUGCACCAUCGUAUACGGUUCAUCCGGUUCAAUCGGUCGUCAAACCAUGGAUGCCAUCGUAUUCACCGCCUAAAGUGAUUUACCAAAAGCCGAUGUAUUCUUAUGCCCCGGUUUAUCAAAAGCCGAUGUACGAGAUGCCGAAAAUUUAUUUGAAAAAAUACGAAGUACCAGCGGUACAAACACAGGUGGUUUAUCAAAAGCCAGGCGUUGUUUAUCAAAAACCAGCUGUUUCAGGCUAUGUAUAUCAAAAACCAGCUGUUUCAGGCUAUGUAUAUCAAAAACCAGCCCCACAUCCUAUUUCCUACAUUCCACCACCGCAACCUAAAGUUAUCCACAUACAGGCAGCGCCAGUCUCUUACGUGAAAAUUGCUCAACCGCCUCCAAUGGUACACCCACCCGUCUAUCUUCCACCUGCUCCAGUUCAUCCACCCCCAGCUAUUGUCAAAAUAGCGAAACCUAUGUGCGACUGAAAUCACAGGGAUCACACGAAGCCGAGAGAAAAACUAAUUUAAUCGCCAUCGAUUCUCUUAACCAUCAUGGAGUAAGAGAGACAGCCUAGCUCGCAAGAAACAACGAGAUAUUUCCUAAUCGAAAUAGAUCAAACCUACCGAGCUACAAUUAACUGCCAUAAUGAGCCGCCUUUCUCGAUCGUAAUUUAGUAAAAAUGCACUUUUGUAAUGUCUACACUCUACCAAUAAAUAAUCUGUCUUACGUAA